UUUUGCAGUGAACCAACCGUAUUCAUAUGUGUCAUUUGUUGGGGAGGACCUUUUGGCAAGCACAAUUCGAAAUGAGAUGCCAAAUUUUGUUCCUGGUCUUAAGGAUGAGGAUAUCAAAGAUGUGUCUAUUCAUGAAGUUGACGGAAACAUAGGUACAACUAUUGAAAUAGAUCCAGCGACAGAAAAUAUUGACGCAUUACUUCUAGCAGCAGAGGCGUUUGUGAACUCUGAUCAAUCUUUUCCAAUUAAUGCAGGCUUCUUUGUGAUUCAAAUACAGGCCAUUCCGCAAACUUUCAAAGUAGUUUACCCGGACAUUGUAACCACUGAAGCCCCUUCUACUCUUGCUAUUGAUACUUCAUCUUCUACGAUAACAUCAAUUCCAACCACACUCCCUCAAACGACAUCCAAGGCAACAACGAGUAUCACAUCUACUUUCACUCCAACUGAAACAAGUGCUUCUGAGGCAACUACCAUUCCAAACAAAAGUCUUGAAACGUCCUACACGGCAACAACAAGUACCACAUCUACUAUGACUUCCUCUGAAAAUAAUACUUAUGAGGCAUAUACAAUGCAGAAGACAUCGACUAAAAUGAAUUCUAAUAUUGGAGCUUUGACCACUGAAGCGGUUUCUACUUUGUCUAUUGAUACAACCUCUUCUAUGUUAUCUUCCAAAAAGUCGACUGAAUCAGCUUCAUUUCCAGUCACAUUCCCACAAACUACAUCCAUGGUAACAACAAGUACUACAACUACUGUAUCUCCAACUUUGAAAAUUCCUACUGAGACAGCUUUCAUUUUAGUAACACUCCCUCAAACGACAUCCAAGACAACAGCAACAACUAAUACCACAACUAUUGUGUCUCAAUCUGUGACAAUUCCGACUGAGGCAGCUUCCAUUCCAACCAACCUCCCUCAAACGACUUCCAUAGCAACAAAAAGUACCACAACCGCUAAGACGCCAAAUGUAACAAUUCCUACUGAGACAGCUACAAUUCAAUCAACGUACACUGAAAUGACUUCUAAUGUUGCAGUUGUAACCACUGAAGCCACUUCUACUCUUGCUAUUGAUACUUCCUCUUCUACGAUAACAUCAAUUCCAACCACACUCCCUCAAACGACAUCCAAGACAACAACAAGUAUCACAUCUACUUUCACUCCAACUGUUAAAAGUCCCUCUGAGAUAACUACAAUUAAAGCCUUGACCACUGAAGCGGUUUCUACUUUGUCUAUUGAUACAACCUCUUCUAUGUUAACUUCCAAAACGUCGACUGAAUCAGCUUCCAUUCCAGUCACAUUCCCUCAAACUACAUCCAUGGUAACAACAAGUACUACAACUACUGCGUCUCAAACUGUGAACAUUCCUACUGAGACAGCUUUCAUUUUAGUAACACUCCCUCAAACGACACCCAAGACAACAACAACAACUAAUACCACAACUAUUGUGUCUCCAUCUGUGACAAUUGCGACUGAGGCAGCUCCCAUUCCAACCAACCUCCCUCAAACGACUUCCAUGGCAACAAAAAGUACUACAACCGUUAUGACUCCAAAUGUAACAAUUCCUACUGAGACAGCUACAAUCCAAUCAACGUACACUGAAAUGACCUCUAAUGUUGCAGGUGGUAAAGACGAAGCUAGAUCUACCUUCACCAAUGCAGUGAGGAAGUGGGUUACAUGGUGGAUCUAUGGGACACUGGAGUUGAACGUGAAACACUUGUGGGCACAAAAACCACUGGCAAAUGAACAGUACUAUCCCACUGUCCGUCAUUGUUUGGUUUUGCUCAUUAUGCCACUGUCCACGGCUAUAGCGAAACGGUCAUUUGAUCAACACAAUGAAGAGACUUCAAACACGUAUCUCAGAUCUACCAUGACAACUGACAGACUAUCUGGACUUAAUAUUUAUAGAGACAUGAAUAUUAACUCUGUUUGA